AUGGCGUACCUCAAGGUCGUGCAAGGCGUCAUGGUGCCCCGCUUUUUUCCAGAUGACGCUGUUCUUUCGGCACUGUCGUACAAGGGACGCGCUGGUGAAGUUUACGUCAACACGUACCCCAAGUGCGGGACAACCUGGGUCCAGUACAUAGCAUACGGCAUCUUUCACGAUGGCCAACCACCGACUGAUUUGGUGCAGUUCUUCAGGGACUCUCCAUUUCUAGAGCUCUUCGGCGUCGAUGCCCUGGGAGCUAUGCAUGGAUCGGGGCCAAUCAAGACUCACUUGCCCUUCGCCGAUAGACGAUUUUCUUCCGAAGCUAACUAUAUCUACGUCGCCCGGAACCCCUACGAUGUCUGUGUCUCGGCCUACCACCAAGCGAGGACACACACGAUCAACGCAGAUGAUGUCGGCGAUUUCGGCGAGUAUCUUAGACGCUUCAUCGGCGGAGCUGUUAGCUUCGGAGAUUACCUGGAAGACAGCCUCCUCCCGUGGUAUUCGCGAAGGAACGAGAAUAAUGUCCUCUUUUUGACCUACGAAGACCUAUGUGCUGAAACUGUGUUGCAAGUGAAGCGCAUCGCCGAAUUCAUAGGAAAAGAUUACGGCCAACGCAUACAGAGGGACUCUGCAAUGUUGCAACGCGUGCUUUUCAUGUACUCCAAAGAGCAGAUGCGUCCAAUCUUUAGGGAUUACAUGAGACAGGGAGCCCAGUUUCUGGUGCAACAAAGGGCUAACAGAAACGCCCCUAUCUCACCAGAGUUGCAGAAUCUUCUGAAAUUUCUAAAUGAUCGUCCUCCUAGGCACGAGUUUGUUCGCAGCGCGGCCCUAGGCGACUACGAAAGCUUCCUUGCUGAAGGAGACAAGGUGGCGCUGAGAAACUGGAUUUCCUCAAAAACGCUCGGCAGUGACGUCAUGAGCCUGUGGCCAGGCAUCUGCCUUCCGUAA